GUCAAAACAAACGUUCAAAUGUUUCUGCCCAAAGUUUGGUACUCUGUGCUUUGUGUUUAGCUAAGUCCAUAAAAUAUUAGACAACAUUUAGAUACGCGCUACGGUUGCAGUAAUUAACGUCAGACACGAACAUUAGGAACACCUCUCUCUGUUGCCAUUGGUAACGUUACCGCGCCUCCUUCGUGGAUGUUUACAGGAGCGUCAGUCAGGAUCAAUGGCGUCCUGUGUGUCAGAGUGGAUAACGUCCUGUUGUAACGUAAUUUUGUCUGCCACAGCAUUGUGCUCUUCUUACAGACUCUUUAAGGAUCACAGGGCUCCUGCAGUCGGCCUCUUUGUGCUCGGACUCUCUGCAGCACUUUGCAUCUUGCAUCCCUCCAGCUUACACCUCACCUCUCUCCAGAGAGAAGCUGAGUGGGCUGGAGAUGUUCUGGCUCCAGCGCUCAUCUCCUUUGAAUUCCUGUGGCUCAGUGAAGACCAUAACACGGCACAUAUUCUCCUGUGUGGCUCCUGCCUGCUGCUUGGACUGUGUGACUGGCUCUCAGCAGACAGUCUCACACUGAUGACACGCUGCCUCGGUUUGUCUUCCCUGUCCUGCUGUCUGACCGUGUGUCUGUUUGCCGGUAAUGCUCUAGGGGCCUUUGGCGGUGUGGCCCUCAGCCUUCCACUGCUUGUGGCUCCAAGGGUUGAAGCACACACUUUUUCUCCAUUCAUUUCUCCAGCUGCAACUGAGGGACUCACCAAGUGGUUGUUAAAGGGCUCCAUGUCUGUCGGCUGUUUGGCCUCCACAUGGGCCCUCAGCAAGUUCCUGUUGGAUGUGACUGACCGAUGUAACAUUUAGUUAAUCAGUAAAGAUUUGUAUUACUUGUCAGGAUCUGUUUGGACUGUCAAGUGCUAAAGAGUGACCAAAUGGACUUAAGCAAAGAAGAAUGUGCCUAACUAAUAAGCAUUUCAGGACAUAUGUGAAUUGAGUGGCAUUAACUUUAUUUCCAUUGUUAUUAAUUCGCCUUGGUGAGUUUGUGGUGCAACAGAAUAGACAGGACAACAUUUGAUAAAAUCAUAAUAUACACAUAUUAAAAUACACAAAGUAUCAUUUAACAUAUAUUUUAAUGUAAGUUUCCGGUAGUGCUGAGGUGAUUAAAUGAUUAGGCAAUCAUCAGAAGAAAUGGCAAUAGCUCAGUCAUUGAGCAAUAUGCCACACAAUGACUAAUUCCAGCUUUUCUUUUUUUUUUGGAGGCCAUAUGCACUAAUGUAUAACAUGAUUUUGCAUUUGGAUGUGUAAAAACAAAAUACAACCAAUUAUUGAGCAAAAUAAAUAGAGUUUGGAUGAUGGAAGAAUUACCAUGAUAACUGCUUCUUAUACAGUAUAUAUCACGCUUUGUAUUUAAAAGGUAAAAGCCAAGUCUGCACAGUCAAGGAAAGUCAACCCAAAUUUCAAAUUAUUCAGAAAUAAUUAUUAUUAAUAAUUAUAUUAUAAUUAUAAUUAUAAUAAUUUAAUUUCUUUAAUCUUUAAUGUAAUUAACUUAAUUUGAAUCAGGGCAUAGACACUACUGAACAAACUCAUUUGCAUGAGAAUAUGUGACUACAAUUUACAACUGACAGCCCGUUGAGGCAUUCUGCAUCUCUGUGAUGCAGCAAGAACCUUUCAGCCCUGCUGACAUUUAUUAUGCUGUUCAAUUUGAAUACGAUGUAGCCGGCAUGUGGGCGUUUUAAUUUCCUGUGUGAUCAUCUCCGAGAAUGUCUCACAGACUGUAUUUUCUCUCAGGCCACUGACACUCUCUGCACGUCUCUGCUAACAAUUUUAGUGUUGCAGAGUCCAAAAACAUCCAGCUGCCUCAGUGACUGGGUCCUGUUUGUUCUGCAGCCUCAGCAGAAUCACUGUUUAAAUAUCUGCAGUGGUCUCAGCGCCUGGCCCUGCUCUUACCUUAUCAUGCCCAAAUGAUACUUAUCAAUGCCCUUUUUUCAUUUCUUAACAACAGUGACCUAAUCUGUUUAAUUUACCAUCAUAUUUUGUUUGUCGACAGUGUUGUUCUUGCAAGAUAUUAUUCUUUACAGAGAUUUGCAGUGGACACUGCAGAUUCUCUCUCGGGAUAUCAGAGUUGUGAGCAGCUGCCUCAGCAGUUUUACUGCAGUAUAAUAACAAGAAUGUGUGUCUGUGUUUCUGUCUGUGGGACAGUGCCUUUGUCAGACCUCAGGUUACUCACAGGUGACCUGGGACACUUUUUUAAGGUUUUCAAUAAUUCCCUGCACAUUUGUGAGUUCGGGGUGCCAAAAUGAUAUUGAUAAUGGUGCUGUCUGUGAUGUUUUUGGUAAUUAUCUAUCAAUGAAUUCAUGACUUUUUGGGGAAUGUGAAAAUGUUUUACAAA